AUGGAAAAGUUUGGGCAAAUGGGUAAAUUUCUUCGUACAACCAAAACAAACCACUGUAGCGUUACAGAUUUUCAUUUACCGUUCCGCAGAAAUAGCAUGUGAGUCGGGAUACGGCAACAAAGCUACCGAGUCUCAUGCUCGAACUCUAUCUGGAUUCCUGUUUACCUUACUAUGAUUACGCGUAUUUUCACGGGAAACAAACAUACGGACACCGACCUAACGAACAUAUAAAACGCGAACCACUCGGCGGAUCCGCGAACGGCGACGAUCGUGUGUUUUCAUCGCAUGAAAAACGCGUUAUUUACACGAGCAUCGCUGCCUCCCCCUUUUAGCCCCUCUGCUUUCGCGUCGUCAAAGAGAAUCAUGUGCAGAAGCUUUCACGCGGACCGUAGCAACUGCACAUCAAGAACGGAGAGUAUUUACUUCCAUCCAACGUUGAAUAGACACCUACGACUGCAACGAGUCGAGUGCAACAACCCUCCACAACAGUUGGAACAGUUGCACAACGUUCGACCAGCACAACGUUGCACAACGUGUCUUUGUCAUUGCAACCGGUUACAAUGGUUACGUACGCGCCGUUUCAUAUUCGAUAGCAACGAUAGAUGACACUGGUGAAUUACACUCACCGAUGGAGAUCUUGUCCGGAUACGCGGCUGGCAGUAGGAUCAUUAAAAGGCCCAAAGCGGUAGUCAUGACGGUGGCAGUGGAUGUUGGCCUGAUGAUCGAAGAAGAACUCGCGACGUUGCGGUUGGUAUUUCCAAGUGCAGCGGACACGGCAUCGAGAAAAAUCGUGGCGCGGCGCCGUCGCCGCGACGAGGGUGGUCCACCCGUUCCGUAA